UGGGCCCACUGAGAUGCCGUCUCGCCUCCCCCGUUUUUCCUCGUUUCCACUUCUCACUACCUAUCUGUGGACACGCACACGAGCACGAGCACAUUGCUUCGGCCCAAGGACCUUGAUAUUGGAAGUGGGGACUAAGAGAGACAAGGAAAGAAAGAGAAGAGACUCGGAUGAUGCUGUACAAUGCCUACUAGGAGGAUCAGAGACACGGAGCGGCGCCGCUGUCCCAAGGCCUGUGAGACGUGCAAGCGGCGGAAGGAGAGGUGUGAUGGCCUACUUCCCUGCAGGCGAUGCACCAUGCGCGGUGUCGAUGCACAAUGCACCUUUGCCAGCGGUCCAUCCCCCGGCUCUCAACACAGCCCGGGCAGCCACAGCAACAGCAAUAGCACAAUCACCAUCAACCACAGCUCCAACACCAACGCCAACAACAGCUUCCUACCAGAUCGUAAUGACUGCCAUAUCGCUACCGGCGCGUUCCGGGGUUCGGAGCCCUCGUCAACCGAGAUAAUGACGACCGACAUAUCGCCCGAGCUCACCACCAGCCCCCGCCAACGAAGGUCGUCCCAAGUCUUCCACACCUCGCCGGCGGCGCCAGUCCCGCAGCUGUCCAGGCUGAUCAAAGACGGCCGGGGCAAGUUCAUGUUCAUCGGCGACGCCGCAAACCUGUCCUUCCUCCAGAUCAUUCGCCGUAUCGUGUCCGAGUCCGUCGGCUCGUGCCCCUUCGUCGAUGACCCCCUGAGGAACCACAUGGUCGAGGUCUCGCCCGAAGGACGGCCCAGCUGGAUAUCCGCGAGCCUGUCUGAGCCUCCGCCGAAGCCCAGCGCCGCCGAGGCUCAAUAUUUCCUGCGCUGGUACAAGCGUGCCACCAACUGCAUCCUCAACCUGUACGACGACGCCGAGCUGGGUGCCGAGCUUGAGCGGUGGAGAGACGGAGAGCGAGGCGGCGAGCAGGACGCUGCCACCAGCGCCAUUCUUUACCUCAUCUUCGCCAUUGGCGCUCAGACCUGCCCGGAGGAUAAGGAUGAGCUGGCUGAGAGGUACUUCAACUACGGCCGCUUUCUCACAGCCUCGAGUGUGAUGGAGGACCCAAGCCUGGCAACUGUCAGGGCAUACAUCCUCAUCACCAUGUAUCUGCUCGGUGCGUCGCGACGCAACGCCGCGUUCAUGUACCUCGGGAUUGCAGUGCGUGCCGCCUAUGCACUUGGUAUUCAUAGGGGCGAUAUUGGGUCGCUGUUCAGCCCGGCUGAGUACACGACUCGCGAGAGGCUGUGGCGAGGCCUCCGGAUCUUGGAUCUCUUCCUGAGCUCCUCACUUGGUCGCCCACCGUCAACGUCGGAAACAAGGGACACGACUUCCAGGGAGAACUACUCGGCUACCAACGACUUGUGCUCCAUCUUCGAAUCCAUCCUCACCGAGGUCUAUGCCAAGAGGAUGGUGUCGACCGAGGUCCUGGAGCGCAUCAGCGAGCAGCAUCGGCGCUGGUCAUCACGGUUUGCCGAGGGCUUGGCCACAGACGAUAUUGAGCCCGGCGAGUAUCUGGAGUCGACCGACGACUCGGGCAGUCUGCUGCCCAACAUUGGCCUGUGCCACCUGAAGCAAUCGUACUACUGGACCAUCAUGCUCCUAUCCCGGCCCUUCCUCGUCGAGAGCGUAUCACGUCACACGUCCCGCGCCCGCGCCCGCGCCCACGCCGACCUCGACGACGACCACGACGCGCCCCCACCGCCGUCCUCGCCAUCCGACCACCUCCUCGCGCACGCCUGCGUCGACUCGGCCAUCCGCACCGUCGAGCUGCUGCGCGGGCCCCUCUCCUCGACCGGCACCGGCAGCGGCGUCCCCAAGCGCCUGCCCUUCGUCAUCAACUCGCUCUUCGUCUCGGCGCUCGUCCUCGGCCUCGCCGUGCUCGGCGACCUCGACCGCGCCUUCCCGCUGGAGCGCACCCUCGCCACCGCCCAGCGCCUGCUGCGCCGCCUCUCGUCGCACGACGCCGUCGGCGAGCGCGACGCCGCCAUCGUCGAGCACCUGCAGGGCGCGUGCGACGCCUACCUCGAGAGGCGCGCCCGCCGCCGCAUGGAGCGGCAGGGGUUGCUUAUCGGGGGCCUGUUUGGGAGCGUGCAUCUUCUCGAGGCCGGCGCGGGGGCGGGGUCGGGGUCGGACCACCACCAGCACCAUCUCCGGGAGGUGCCGCCGCGGGCCGUCGCUGCCGGGGUCCAUCAGCUGCUUAGCCCGGAUACGGAUGCCAGCGCGGACCAGCAGAUGUCGAUGGGUUCGCUUGGCGGCGAGGGUGGGCAUCAUAUGUCUGGGCAUGUCGAGACCGGCGGGGUUGUGCAGAUGCUGCCGGCGGUCACGGAUAUGAUCCUGCCCAUGUCGCCGAGGACGCUGCUCUUCGACUCGUUCGACGAGAACUUGCCGCUGUUUCCGACGGUUGAUGCUAGGUUGAUACACCUCGGCGGGUAUCACAUGGAGGAUAUCUCUCCCGAUGGUAUGAUGCUCGGCCCGAUGGGGUGAUUGUGAUGGCGUGGCUAGCCAGACAUCGCAAAGUUAUUGAGAAUGCUAGGUAUACUAGGGAGUGGUGUGGGUCAGGCCGCCACUCCCUAUUUGAGGG